UAGUAGGCUCGCAGAAAGCAAGCAAAUGCAACAAUGGAUUCCGUGCAACUCUAUAAACGAUCCCUACUGAAGUCUAACGUGCAUCGUUUUCUCUCUUCAUAUUGUCAUGCGUGCUGAACUUCUUGUCGGUGCCUUCAUCGCUGCGGGCAUAGUUCUAAUUCCUCUUCCUUGGCAUUGGCGUGCUCGUAAUGUUGCGAUGCUUUCCACCAUAGUGUGGCUAUUUGUUUCAAAUAUUAUAUAUGCCAUUGACGCCAUAAUAUGGGCCGGGAAUGUUGCAGAUUCUGCGCCAGUAUGGUGCGAUAUAACAACCAAGCUGCAGGUCGGCACCAACAUGGCACUACCAGCGUGUUGUCUAUGUAUUUGUAUCCAUCUAGAACGCAUUGCGUCAGUCCGCCAAGUUAGCACUUCCCAUUCGGAUAAAAUUCGGCGCAUGAUUUUCGACGCUACGCUUUGUUGGCUGAUACCCAUCAUCUACAUGGCCCUUCACUAUGUUGUUCAAGGCCACCGGUUUGAUAUCAUCGAAGACUUCGGUUGCCGCCCGACGGUUUACGUGUCCAUUCCCGCUAUCUUCUUGAUCUGGGUGCCACCUAUGACGGCCGCUCUUGCAACCUUGGGGUUUGCAUUUGUCGCCGUUCGGCACUUUUUUCGACGACGACUUAUGUUUGCGAAGCAUUUACAGAACUCCAAUUCUGGAUUGACUACCUCGCGCUACUUUCGGCUAAUGAGCAUGGCCGUCGUCCAGAUGUUUUGGAGUUUAUUAAUAACCUCCUUCAACGUGUGGUUCUCAUGUCAAAAUGGUCUGCGACGAUGGAUCAGUUGGGAUAACGUUCAUACGGGAUUCUCGCAAAUUGCCUACUUCCCCACCGUCCUUAUUCCCUCCUCAACACUAACUUGGACAUACAUUUUGUGGUGGGCAUUACCAGCGUCCGCCAUAAUUUUCUUUGUCUUCUUUUCCUUCGGGCAUGACGCCAUGAACGAGUAUCGCGAGUGUUUCUCCUGGGUUCGUCGUGCCGUGUUUCGCCGUAUUCCUGUAGAACAGUUGGGCAAGAGCAAGAACUUGUCUCUCCCACGAGGAGGAAGUAGUUGCCAGUCUCUAGCAACUCCACAGAAGUUACGAAUGCAAUUCCAGCGCAACCGGCGCUCCUCUACGAGUUCUUCUGAGAGAGGGAGCACCGUGUACGACCGGGAUUCCGUUGGGAAGGACGCCGCGGUGCUAUCGCCUGACUCCCUCACCGACAGUAUUCAUUCCUCAACUCUGGCGCCGUCGUUUCAUUCUUCGUUUCCUGGGGGGCAUGAUGAUGAUCAACACACAUUUGUUUGAAGUUCGUGUAGAUGUAUGCAUGUCAGAUUUGUAUCCUACCACUACCGUUCUUUUUAGUUUCCUCAGUUCGCAUACCCGUGUACCGUGUAUCACUAUCAUGUACCCUCGCAAUAGAG